CGCUUGUCCCGGCCCCGAUCAGUCAUGUGACGGGGUGCUUGGCCCGACCCCGAUCAGUCAUGUGAUGGGGCGCUUGGCCCGGCCCCGAUCAGUCAUGUGACGGGGGGGGCAGGUUGUUCGUUGCAGAAGGAGGCCCCGGUCUGUUUAAUCAGGAGGGAGCUGCCGCUUGUCUCAUAAGUAACGAGCAAAUAUGUCGGCCCGGUUCGGGUCUCUGGGAUUGGCGAGGUGGCUGUUCCUCGCCUUUUGGGGCGUGUGGAGCGGAGCUCAGGCGACCGAGCUUUUCAGUUACCCGGAGCUGUGUGGGUAUACCUGGGAGGCGAUAGAUUCGGAAAAGGGAAUAAAUUACAAAAUAAACCUAUGCGCCCCUUUAAAUUGUGGGAGUUUGAGUGCCAUCUGUACUUAUAAUUCUUCACAAAAAACCAACCAAUCAGUAGGUGAUUUUGCUCUCAGAAGUGGAGGCGAACAUCACUUUGAGUACAACACUACUCAGAAGUGUACAGAACAAAACUCCGUUCAGACCGUCCAAAGCAGCAUUAAUUUCUUAUGUGGCAAAACUUUGGGUAGCCCUGAAUUUGUGGCAACUUCUGAAUGUGUGCACUAUUUCGAAUGGAAGACUUUCGUAGCUUGCAGGAAGAGCACCUUUAACCCUAAGAAAGAGGUUCCUUGUUAUGUCUUUGAUGAAGCUGGGAAGAAACGUGAUUUAAGUCCACUCAUAAAGAUGUCAGGAGGCUAUUUAGUCGAUUCCCCUGAGGAGGAUGAUUUGUAUAUCAACAUUUGUAGAGAUAUAGCUCCUUCGGGCAAGACCUCGGCAUGUAAAUCUGGCAGCAGUGGCUGCUUAUUGAAAGGACCCACCGCAUUUGAUGUUGGCCAACCAACAGAUGCUUUGAAACUAGUUGGUAAAGACAGGUUAGUACUUCAGUAUGCCAAAGAAUAUACUGAAGAUGAGAAGUCACCAGCAUUUUGUGGCAAUCAUAGACCUGCAGUCACCAUUACCUUAAUUUGCCCUUCUGGAAGGAGAGAGGGUACAGAGCCCAAGCUAAUUGCUAGUACUAACUGUCGCUAUGAAAUUGAAUGGGUUACUGAAUAUGCCUGUCCCAGAGAUUACCUAGAAAGCCAUAACUGCAAGCUUACGGAUGACCAGCAUGACAUCUCCAUUGAUCUGACUCCUCUCACAUUGAUUGCCUCUAGCAAUCCAUAUCUUGUUAUCCCCAAGAAGAGUGAUGACACCACUGAUGACUACUACUAUUACCUGAACGUGUGUGGACCAAUCAGUUCUGGGGGCUGCAAUGAUGUGAAGGGUUUCAUAGCGUCAUGUCAAACGAAAAAAGAGGGUUCUUUCCAUAAGGUUGCAGGGCGAUAUCAAAAUCAGACACUCAGGUAUUCAGAUGGUGAUCUUACUUUGACGUACCCUGAUGGCAGCUCGUGCAGUUCUGGAUUCCGACGAAUGACAAUAAUAAACUUCCACUGUAAUGAAUCAGCUGCCAAUGAAGGAAAGGGUAAACCAGAAUUCAGUGCUGAAGUUGACUGUACAUAUAUCUUUGACUGGGGUACAGAAUAUGCCUGUGUGAAAGAAAAAGAAAACUUGCUCUGUCGGGUUUCUGAUGGAAGGAAACGAUACGACCUUUCCCCUUUAACUCGAUAUGCAGCAAAAGAAGUUGAUGAAUCUAAUGCCCACAACUGGGAAGCAUUGGACAGUGGUCUGGUGAAAUCUGACCGAAAACAGAUCUAUAUUAAUGUGUGCCACAAAGUACUUCAGGAUGGUGGAGCUACAGGAUGCCCUGAAGAUGCAGCAAUCUGUGCUGUUGGUGAAGAUCAAAAGAACAACCUUGGGAAAUUUGUUUCAUCCCCUCAAAAGGAAGGCAAUAAUAUUCAGCUUAUAUACUCGGAUGGUGAUAAAUGCAGAGGAGAUGAUCGAAGCAAAACUAUCAUCACUUUUAUAUGUACACCUGGGGAUCUGGAGAGUCCUCCUAUUCUGAAGUCUGGGGUCGAUGUAUGUUUGCAUGAAAUAGAAUGGCAUACAGCAGCUGCUUGUGCCUUAUCAAAAACUCAGGGAGAUCAUUGCAGGGUAUCAGAUCCAGAGGCUGGCUUCUUGUUUGACCUUUCGCCUCUGACCAAACAAAAUGGCACUUACCAACUUAAAUCUGAGAAUUACAAUUUCUAUAUAAAUGUCUGUGGCAAUGUAUCGGCGGCCUGUGGGGGAAAUUCUGGUGCUUGUCAGGAAGAUCUAGCUCAUAGUCAUUUUUGGAGCCUGGGAGUGUCAAACUCCAGAUUGACGUACUAUGAUGGGAUCAUUCAUCUGGUCUAUACAAAUGGGACACCAUACAACAAUGGGCAGCACACUCAACGAUCUGCACUCAUAACGUUCCUGUGUGAUCGGGAUGCAGGUGAAGGGCAUCCAGAAUUUGAGGAGGAAGAUGAGCACACUUAUAACUUCAAGUGGUAUACUCAAUAUGCUUGCCCUGAAGUGCCGUUAGAGUGUAUGGUGACAAAUGAAGCUUCAAAGCAGCAGUAUGAUUUGUCAAGUUUAUCAAAGUCAGAGGACAGUGAUGAAAGUAACUGGUUCGCCAUGGACACAACAUCAAGUAACCACAAGAAGUAUUAUAUCAAUGUCUGUCGACCUCUGAAUCUGGUUCAUGGAUGUGAUCGAUAUGCAGCAGUGUGCCAAAUGCACUAUGAAAGAGACGUAGAUGCACUUUAUGAAAAAGUAUCCAUCAGCAAUCUGGGAAUUGCCAAAAAUGGCCCCAAGCUAGAAAAAGAUGGACGGAUUGUUUUGGAAUAUAUAAAUGGUUCUGCAUGUACCAAUUCAGAUGGUCAACUAACCUUUUACACUACCCGUAUCCACCUGAGUUGUUCAAAAGAACUGUCCACUGGUCCGAGGUUCAUUGAUCACAAGGACUGUGUGGUCACGUUUUUAUGGGAAACUGAAGCAGCCUGUCCUGUCACAACAACUGAAGAUUUGAAUGAGAACUGCUCAGCAAAAGACCCCAACACUGGCUUUGUCUUUAACUUUCUGCCCCUGGCUUCAGACACAGGUUACUCAGUGACUGGGAACCAUGUAACAUUUAAGCUCAACAUUUGCCGGGGCCUAAACGCAUGUGGGCAAAUAGGCAACAAACCAGCAGCUGGAUGUGAGAUAGAUGGACAAAAACCAAAACGUCUGGUUGGAUCGGAAACAGCACUGCAGAUUUCCACUGAUGGCUUUAUAACUCUCAUGUACAAGGGUACACUGGAAGUGCAGUCAGGAUUUCAGGAUGCAUUUAUUAUCCGUUUUGUCUGUGACACUAAUUUAUAUCCUGGAAAGCUCAAGUUUCUGCGAGAGAAAAUUGGCACGACUGCACGAUUUCAUGACACCUACUUUGAAUUUUAUACUGCAUUGGCUUGCUUUCCAGCUCCUGUGAACUGCCUUGUCCUUGAUGCAGCAGGUAAUGAAUAUGACCUGAGUGACCUUGCAAGGGACAGAGAUCCUUGGAUUGCAGUAGACACAGCUGAAGAUAGAAAGAAGCGUACGUUUUAUCUAAAUGUUUGCAAACCCUUGCCUCCAAUCAGUGGCUGCCCAGGCGGUCCUGUAGGAUCUUGUGUAAAGUAUGCUGAUAAAAGCCAGAACUUGGGUUACAUUCAGAUGCGUCCAAAGGCUGGGACUGAUGGUUCCCUCAGUAUUGUCUAUCUGAAUGGAGAUAAAUGCAAUGACCAUCAGCGAUAUUCUACGCGUAUCCUCUUCCAGUGUGAUGAAAUCUCAGGUUCCCCAAUAUUUCAGGAAAAGGAUGAGUGUGAAUUUCUCUUUGUGUGGAGAACUCCGGCUGCAUGUCCAAUUCGUAGAGCCCAAGGUGAAAACUGUCAAGUUAAGGACCCCAAAUUUGGUUAUGUGCUCGAUCUGCACCCGCUUGCUAAUGAGGAUCAGAAGGUGACAGUUGAUGAGUAUAUAUAUUACUUCAGAGUAUGUGACCAAUUGAGUUUCAAAUGUGGAGCUACUUCAGUCAGUAGGGAAGAUUCAGUUUCAGCCUGCCAGACAAAGUUAAAGGACCCUUCUUUCAAGAAGGUAGCAGGGCGCUUUACCCAGAAUUUAACCUAUGAAGAUGGAUUGAUGAUGAUAAACUACACCAGAGGAGAGAUUUGUCAUAAAAUUUAUCAACGGUCAACAGCCAUCCUGUUCUACUGCGAUCACCGCCAAACUCUGGGCAAGCCAGUGUAUUUGAGGGAAACUCCAGACUGCACCUACCUGUUUGAAUGGCAUACGUCAUAUGCUUGUCCGCCAUUCAAAUCCAUUGAUUGCACAUUGAGGGAUAGUGAUGGGAAUUCCUAUGACCUUACUCCUUUAUCACAGUCCCAAAGGAACUGGGAGAUCGAACAGCAACCAGGUGGUGCGCUGAAGUAUUACAUCAACAUUUGCAAGUCACUAGUCCCAAAAAAUGGCAGCUGGGCCUGUCCGCUGAAUGCAGCUGCCUGCCUGAAGAAUGGCAACAAAUACACAAACCUUGGUGAAGUAGUUUCAGGGCCAAAGUGGGAAGAACACGGUCUGCUUAUCCUACAGUAUCAAAAUGGUGACCUAUGUCCUGAUGGAAGGCGCAAUAAGACCACAAUCAUACGAUUUAAAUGUGAUAAAGAUGCAAUUAACACACAGCCAGAUUUGAUCACUGCUAUUCAAGAUUGUGAGUAUACGUUUUUGUGGUUUACGGCUGUCGCUUGCCCAGUGACCAAGAUUGUACACAAUGAUUGUGUUGUCACUAACCCAGUUACAGGCCAUUUAUUUGACCUAAACUCACUACAAAUCAAUCAAGGCUACAUUGUAUAUGACCAUAAAGUCAGAGGAAAUUUUGUUCGCCUUAAUGUUUGCAAUAAGGUGCAAAACACAGGAUGUUUAGGAGAUGAUGUUGGUGUGUGUAUUCAAGAAGGCCAGAAUGCAAUCAAUGCCGGACGUUUCAACAAAGAAGUGACUUAUGUGGAUCAAGUGUUGAGGCUCACUUACGACGGGGGUGAUGCCUGUUCCAGCAACUCUAACUUGCGCCACAGAAGCAUUUUCAGCUUUGUUUGUGGCUCAACUCCGGGUGCAGGCACUGGACCUGUUCUGGUGACUUCAGAUGAGAAGACGUGCACUCAUUACUUUUCUUGGCACACACAGUUGGCCUGUGAACAUGAGGUGAGAUGCUCAGUGAAGAAUGGGAGCUCAAUUAUUGACCUAAGUCCUCUGAUCCUGAAUACUGGGUACUAUUCUGCAGCGGAUGAAGAUAUUGCUGAUAAUGGUCAUGAUGAUACUCCCGAUUUUUACAUCAGCAUUUGCCAGCCACUGAAUCCGCUCCCAGAGGUUACCUGUCCUCCUGGCUCAGCUGUGUGCAUGGACCCUGUCAAUGGACCACCUAUGGCAAUUGGUUAUAUCUCUGGACCUCCACAGAUUAAUCCAACAACUCGGGAAAUCUACAUUUCUUUUAACAGUAAUACCACCUGCCAAACCAACCAGAAUUUGAAUUAUGACUCCCUCAUUGUAUUUCAUUGUGUUAGAGGUGUAGACUUGGGAAGGCCAAAGAUGAUGAGAAAAUCAGACUGCAGCUUUGUGUUUGAAUGGGCAACUCCACUGGUCUGUCCAGAUUCGAUGAUUGCAUCUGGCUGUUCACUAACUGAUCAGCAGUUACAUCACACGUUCAAUCUGUCUCCUUUGACAGGAAAAAGAUACCAGGUUCAGUCUGGAAAGAGGACUUAUUACCUUAAUAUAUGUGCAGCAGUAACCGAUGUACCUGGCAACAAGUGUAAAGACAGUGCUGUCUGCUUGGUCUCAGGAGAUAAAGCAGCUUCAUUUGGAAAUCCAAAAGCAAUGACCCUGGAAUACAAACACCAGGAUCAGGCCUUGAUUUUGCACUACAGGAGUAGUGAUCUGUGCCCAAAAGUGACUGAAAGAGGAGAGCUUUGCAGAUUCCCUUUUAAGUAUCUCAGUAAAUCCUACAGUGAAUGUACGACUGACGGGAAUACAGAUGGUUUUCUGUGGUGUGCAACAACCGAUGACUAUAACAAGGACAAAGCAUGGGGCUUCUGUAGUAAUGCAACUGCAACUCGGAGAUCGACAGUCAUCUUCAAAUGUAAUGAAACAGUUGAAGAUGGAAGCCCUGAAUUGCUGAGUGAGACCCUUGAUUGCUCAACAACAUUUGAAUGGAAGACGAGCACAGUUUGUCUACCCAAACAGAUGGAAUGCAAGAUAGUUCACAGACAUAAGACCUAUGAUUUGAGAAUGCUUUCCUCCCUUACCGGAUCAUGGAAGUUCAUGUCAGAUGGUUAUACGUAUUACAUGAAUCUCUGUCAAGGAGUUCGUGAAGGACCCACAGGUUGCCCUGCAUAUGCCAGCAUGUGCAGAAAGAAUACAAAUGGUAAAACCCAGGUAUUAGGACUUGUUCACACCCAAAAAAUGGACAUUCAAGACACACACCUUUUUGUGGCCUAUUCAAAUGGCCAUUUUGCAUGUAGUACAGGCAAACAUGCAAAGACUACAAUACAAAUGCAAUGCUCAUCAACAAGUGGAGCACCAGAGUUGAAAAGCUUUGAUGAAAAGGAGUGCGAGUUUUUAAUCAUAUGGGAGACUCGUGCAGCUUGUGCCGUAAAACCGCAAGAGGUUUAUGUGGUAGAUGCAACCAUUAAAAGCCCAACAACUGGCCAGAAAGUCAAUUUGUCAGCUAUUUAUUCUAAGUUGUACAAAGCUUCAGGUGAUAUUAGAUCAAAUGGAGACUCAUAUAUCUACGAUAUCCAGCUUUCUGGGAUCACGGAUCCAGAUCAUGCUUGGUGCCAAGGAUCUAAUAUCUGUCAGGUCAAAACUAGCCAGUCUUACUUCAGACGCAUAGGUGUAGCGUCUAAAGCAAAAUACUACCUUGAAGAUGAUGACCUGGAUGUAGUUUUCUCUUCAAACUCUGUGUGCGGCCGUGAUAAAUCCAAGAAUGUUUCCUCCACCAUAUUACUACACUGCAGUGAAUCAGCAGGGGAAGGGAAACCAGACUUCCUUCAUGAGACUUCAGACUGUCAGUACCUGUUUACCUGGUACACAUCAACAGUCUGUGCACUUACGUCUGUCAAUCCUGUGAUUCCAGAUGGUAAGCCACAGGGUGGAGACAAUGCCAUGGGUUUGUCUGGAAGAAGCAGAGCUGUGGGGGCAGUGCUCAGUGUGUUAUUGGUGGUGCUGACUGCCUGUCUGCUCAUUUUGUUACUUUACAAGCAGGAACGAAGGGAAAUUAUUCUACAGAAAGUGACAGGUUGUUGCAGGAGAGGAACUGGAGUUGCAUACAAAUACACAAAGAUUAAUGGGGAAGAGGAAGGUGAUGAAAAUGAGACUGAAUGGUUGAUGGAAGAAAUCACAACGUCUGAGAGUGGACUGAAACCAGCAAAAGAGUGCCAGCAAAAUGGCUUGAACCAUGUUGUCACAAAAGCUGUAAAUGAUGAUGUUUUUGGUUCAUUCCCAUUGGAUGAUCAGGACAGUGAAGAUGAAGUUUUGACCAUGCCACAAGUGAAAGUCAACUCAACUAGAACAGGAGAGUCCAAGACCAUGGGCAAACCAAAGCAGUGGCAUCCAGAGAACAAGCACUUUCAUGAUGAAAGUGAUGAAGAUUUGCUUGGUUUACAUAAUGAAAGAAAGGAGAGAAAGUCUAAAUUAAAACCUCAAAUGAAGCAAAACAGGCCAACAAAUAAUGCCACAAAUGUAACAUUUCAUGAUGACAGUGAUGAGGACAUGCUGAAGGUUUAACCAUUGUGCCUAUCUAUUGACAGCCUGAUGGGACACCCAACCCAGCAGACCUGGAUGGGAGGAGCCUGCCUGUCAUUUACUCUGCUGAAUGUUUGAAUAACCCUGCUGAUUUUUGCAAAUUAAACGCAAGAAGGGAACUGCAUAAACACUCCUGAUUGUUUACAAUGACAUGUAAAGAGACAAAUCUUUGCUGAUUGCCUAGCAAUUGCCUAAAGGGUAUUUAUAUAUUAAAUAAUAAAGCUUGUGCACAUGGCCAUUUCUUUGGGGCAAUAAUUAUUGCAUCCAUGAAUUGCAAAGAGCUCUGUGAUGCUUUCUUUAACUUUUGACUUGACACUUUUGAAAACAUGAAGGAGAACAGAGCAAAAGAAUAUCUGUUACUUUGCAGCUCAGUAUCUUUUGAUUAGCUUCCAUGAAGCACUGCCCUUUUGCAUUCAUAUUUAUUGGAAGUUAAAAAGAAGUAGCAAUGGUUAGUGAAUACUGGUACUUUGUUCAUCCUCCCAACCAGGAAAAGGUACUACAGGUGAUGUAGGGAAAUGCAGAGGGUUUGGAUAUAACCAUUUGGAAAAUGAUUUCUGACCCAUAUGCAGAAAGGAAACAUUUGACAAAAGACCGUAUAAUAUUGUGAAAACUGUGCUACAUGCAGGUAUAAAAGUUGAUAGGAUAUGUUAAAGAUGUAUCAGCUCUAGUCCUUUUGCACGGCCCUUCUAUGAAGUAUAUUCUACAAUAGUAUUGUCCAUAUUUGGUUGGUACCAAAGUGCAGCAAUGUGUUGGGCAGGUGUUUUUUUUGUAUCUAUUUCUGGUUUGGGUUCAAAGAUUUUUUAAAUUAUUUUCAAAUCAAAGGUAUGUGAUUUUUCUUUCUACAAAAGGUUUGAUAAUUUUGUUGUAAUAUGAAGCACAACACCCAUUUCAAUAAAAGAUGAAAAUAUUCCCAUUCUA